AUAAACAUGGCGGCGACCGUCCAGAGGGCUCUGUCCUUCGGUAAAAAUACGAGGACUUUGCUUAAUAGUUUGAAGGUGUGCACAGUACCUGCCCAAAACUACACUGUUCCAGUCUCUCAGUAUGGGGAGAAGAUCACUCAUACAGGACAGGUGUAUGAUGAAAACGACGUAAGAAGAGCCAGAUUCACUGGUAGACAUAAAGAGGUGAACCCAAACUUCGCCAUUACCUUGGUUGCAGAGGAACCCGUGACAGAGAUAGAGUCCAGGAUAGUGUCCUGUGACGGGGGCGGAGGGGCCCUUGGGCACCCCAAAGUCUACAUCAACCUGGAUAAGGACACAAAAGUGGGCACCUGUGGGUACUGUGGACUGCAGUUCAAACAGAAGCAUCACCACUGAACCUCUGUUCAUGCCCUGUUUAUCUGUAACCAGUUCUGGAUAAUAUACAUAUUGUCAUUGUUCCAUAGUUUUCUCUCUGUAUAAUAAAAUUGAUCAACUAAC